UCAAAUAUUAUUUUUCUAUUAUAAAUGUUUUAAAUUAAGAUAUAAUACAAUUAAUUAAUCAGGUUAAAAAAUUGCAUAAAGAUAUUUUCUAAAAUAUUUUUAAUAUUUGAGAGUUUUUACUGAAAAUUUUAUCAAAUAUAAAUAGUUUAGUGUUUGAUUUAAUUUUUUAAAGAGAUAAAUAAUAACCUAUCGUACCUGUUUGAUUUAAACUAACAAAUAUCCGUGAAAAAAUUAUGUUCGCAUGUGUGGGACAAUACCUAAUUGUUAAAUGAUUGCAAAACGGACGCGUCAGCAUACUCAAUUUAAAAUCCACUUGAUGCUACCAUAUGACGAAUUUAGUGUGAAUGCACACUAAUGACAAAUGUUUCUUUUUUAAUAUAUAAGAGAUAUUAUCUCUUCCAAGUAUCACACGAGCUUACGUCCUAAAAAUUUGCAUUUGGUGCUUUUCUAAUAGAUAUGACGACCCUUGAUCUCUUUCAGCAAUUCACAUACAUACUCAUCCAAAUCUUGCCUGCCUUUAGGUUUGGACAUAAUGCUACAUUACAUAGCAUCAGUAGAAACCUUAUCAACUUUGAAUCUUUGAUUGACUGGAGCUUCAAAUUCCUCUAACACCUUUAAGCCACACACGAUUCUUUAAUGAUUUGCUACUAUGUCACAUACUCAUCUUCAUUUACUCAACUGUUUUGACUUGAUCUCCACCGGUCUAUACCAUGAUCGACCUUCUCCUAUACCAAAAUUAAAGUUAGUCAGGAUACAGGUCUGGACCUUUUUUUAUUAUAAAAUGUUAAAUUUAUUGAUAUGCCAGAAAUUGAAUAUUUAUUUACAUCGAAAUAAUGCUAAAAUAAGUCUCAUGUAAUCUAUCUAUGUCUCAUGUGAGCACUAAACCAACAUUAGAGUAGACCAUAUAGCUUUGGUUUCUGAGUGUAGCCUGUAGAUAAGAUUCUCUGCCUUAUGGUUUUAUCAAUGAUCUUUGCAAGUUGACCCACCGGACGGGCAGGCUGAGAGUGUCUUCGACCAUUUCUUUUUCGCCAUAUAUAAUAAACCGAGACCUGAAAAGAGAGUCUCAACAGAAUAGAGGUUCUCUUGUGUAUACAGUAUACUAGCUCCAAGUCUUACCAUCUAACUAGAUGGGAUAGUAUAAUACUAGUGAAGUAUUCCUUAUUUCUCACAAACAUGUUCACAAAUCCCAUUAAAUUCAAGACUGGAAUUCAAUGUCGAUUCAUGAAUUCCUUAUGAAUUAAAUGUUUCCGCCUUCCUCCCCAAUCCGCUCAACAGGACCAGCUCUAGAUUUAUAAAACAGAUCAGUACAGUUAAUAUUAGCGUGAAGAGUGAAAUAGCGCAAUUUCUUAAAGUCAAUGUUCUUUUCAUCGACGACAAGAAUAAGAAAUUGUUGCUUUUUGUCUUACUUUUACCCUCAAAUUUUUAUUAGAUUGGCUAGUCUAGGACUCCACAAAUUUACCUUAGUGUCCAAAUGGUGACAGAGGAAGUUAAGGGAAAUAGUCAAUUUCUAUUUAUUUUUUAAAAAUUACAUCAUUUAUAGAAAAAUUCUGUUGUGUUUGAUUUCUUGUGAUUCCUUGAAUUAUAAAAAAACAAUAGAAAAAAAACCAUUUAUUAUCAAAACUGAUAUGAAACAAAAGGAACAAAUAUUUAUUUCCAUUCCUUUUAUUUUGUUCAUAUUCAUUCUUUUUCUACUCAUUUUUAUUUUUAAUUUAAUGGUCACCAGUUAAAACCUACUUUUUGGAUAUUUUUAACGAAAAUCUCAUCUGUGAGGGUGUAGUGCAACCAUUUAGGAAUUCAAGGAAGUUAUGCCAUUUCCCAAGACAACAAUUUUGAGUUUAUCUUCAUUUUAAUUCCCUAGUACUAUUUUCGUUUGUUUUUUAGUUUUUUUUUUAAAUUUGUUUCAUUAUAAAUAUCGCUCUACAUUUUCAAUAUGUAUAAAUAAAUUUCUACUUUAAUUUUAAUUUAUUAAUUAACAAAAACUAAAUAAAAUAAUGUAUUAAAUAAAGGUAAAAUAGAAAAUUACUAAUUUUUUUAAUCGAUAGAUAAAAAAUUUAAAACUUAUUGUAAAACGGAGAAAGUAUUGAAUAAAACAGUUUUAUUGCUGGUUUCUAAGAUAUUAUAUCAAUAGUCUCUAAUUUUGUAACUUUAGUAAAGUCAUUCGAUACUGGUGUGCAUUUAUAAGUGUUUAGUUUAUCUCAUUACAUUAGAUAAUUUAAUUAUAUAACUACUAUAAAUUCACAUUAUAAUGAGGCACUUAGCUCACUCCUCAGCGUGCUACGUUAGCGUUUUGUAAAUCCUACUUUUAAAAACUGUGAAAAAGUGUCAAGAACAUGAUCCAAACCCGGGUUUUUGAGUUAGAAACACCAACAUUUAUACCACUAAACUAAAUGAUACUUUGUAGAUUGAUAGUCGAAACUAAUAUAUAUUUAUGAAGGUCGGAAGUCUUUGUUUCUUCGGUUUUCUCUGAGGAUCGGGUCUACAAGUGUAUUAUGAGUUAGGGUUCUUUUUAUCAUUGUCUCAGACAAGUCUGAGUUACAGAGUUGCACCGUGUGUUUGUUCGUAAUCUAUUUUUUCACUGGUGAACUCUUCAUCUCUCCAUCUCAAAUCGCUUGAUCAUAAAUGUUCCUGAUUUGUAGCCCCUCUAUAAACCCUAUAUAUAUAUAUAUAAUAUGAUUCUCAUCUUUGAUGACCCCAAUCUGCAUCUCCACAAAACUCAUUGAUUCCUCUUAGCUUUAACCAUCUUCUAGAAAAUGUCUCUUUCUGCCUCUCCAGUUCUUCAAACCGGCGUUCCUGGUGUCUGUCACUCAACAUUCGAGUCUCUCCGUCUUGGUCGUAGUAGCCAGAGCAUAGCCUCUGGCCUCCUCUGCUUCUGGGAUUCCCUGAACUUCAAGAAAGACAGUGAGUUUAUGGGAAUCACGGUUCUCUUCUUUGAUGAAAAGGUAAGUUAAUCUUCGAUCUGUCACACUUAUUUAACAUAAUUAUUUUAAUUGAUUUCCUGAUUUUUUGUUGAAUAAUAUUAUUUGCAGAUUCUGUGAUUCAUGGGUUUAUUCCCGACGGACGUGCUAAUCAUUACAUGCCAUCUUUGAAAGUCGGUUCCAUUGUGAAAGUCGAUCAUUUUGAGGUUGCUAGGUGCUCAAGCAUGUACAAGAUAACUGAUCAUCCAUUCCUCAUUCGUUUCAUCUCACCAACCAUUAUUGAUGAAGUCAUCACGUGUGCUCCUAAGAUCAAUUUCCAAUCAUGAUUAGACGUUCGACAAUCUCCAAGUGAUUGUGAACACAAACCUAGAACUCCUAGGCAUAUUAUCAUAUUGCAUCUGAGUUUAUAUUAUGUUUCUGAUUUUUAAACUCGCAGAUGUGGUUGGGCAAAUCCGUUCUGUCUAGGGCCUGACCUCACAAAAGAAACAAGUCGAGUCGUUAUCCGUCUCGUCAUUGAUCCGUAAGAAACAAUCAACACACAAUUCUCUUUAUAUUAUUGUCUAUGUUGUGCUAACAUCAAUAAUCAAAAAUAUUUCUUAUCCAAGAUCUGUGGUCGUUUAUUUAUCUCCCUUAUUUAUCAAACUAAUUUUACACAAACCUUUAUUUUACAGCUUAAAAUAAACCACAACAACCCAAAUAAUCAAAUCACCAAAAACAAGAAUCCCAAAAAAAAGACGAACCAUUAAUGAUCACUUUUCAUUUUUUUUGUCUAAUCUUACAAAUAAACUUCAAAACAAAUAUACCAAACCAAUCACCUCAACUAAAACUCAACAACACAUACAUCGAGUCAGCUAGACAAAUACAGCUAUAUAACCAUUUACAAAUUUACUUUCGCUGAUGCUUACAAAGAAGACGAAGACAACAACCAAGAUCAGUGAAAUUACCUAAACACAAAAGCAGAGUAAGUUACGUACUCUGAUAAAUACAACUAACAAUGAUUUUUGUUUACAUAUUAUCCAUCACCAGGAGAUACAAGUGACAAUCCCAACAGACACAAAGGUAACAACAACAUCUCCACCUGCUCACUCUUCUUGUCUUAUGAAAAUAGCUUACAUGUCCAAUGUCAACAGGUCAAUGCUAUUGUCUUCUUAUGAGAAAUACAUAAAUUCGUUUAAAAUCCAUUAAAGCUCAAAUACUCAGAAUUGUCACUCAUUUUAUAGUUAUUUCUACAAGUUUUAAUAUAUUUAUUUUAAAGGUCCAGUAAAAACAAAAAGUUUAAAAAUAAAAAAUAUAUAUAACAAACAUAAUAAGGAUAAUAAAAAUUAUUACUUAAUAUACACGACUUACACAACUAAAUUAGAGAAAAAAAUAUCCAGAAACAAAAUGCACUCUCAACAACCUUAAUAUAAUUUAUGUACUCUCAACAUUACAAGAAACAAAUUAAAAAGAUAAACAAAUAAUAAGUCUCUGUGACACAUCAAGCAACACCACAUACUAUAUUAAUGACAUUACUAACACAAUUUAGUUCUUCGUAAGUGGAAAACAAUGCAUAUAUAGUUCAUCGUCAUAAUUCUAACCUUAUAACAAUAAAAAACUUGAAAAAUAAUGAUUAGCCCAAAACACAAAAUUAACAACUAUAAUAACCUUAGCAAAUAUUGAAAUGAAUCAAAAAAAUUUGUCCGUAACUUGGUGCAAACGCGGAGCAAUGCCCCUAGUAACAUAUAGGAUAUCGAUCGGUGAUAAAUCAUCGAGUUGUUGGUUUACUAAUAAAGGAGUUCUAGUAGGAUUUCAUCAUUGGAAAUUAAUUUUCGUUGAAAUGACUAUUUACACUUUUGGAGUUUCCGACAAAAAAUUGAAACUAUUUUCUUUACCAAAAAAGAUUUCUGUGAGAAUAAAACUAACAAAUAUCCAUGAGAGCAGCUGUCUAUCCUUCUCGUAGACAUAAGAACAGCUGUCUUUCCUACAGAAUCAGUAACUAUCUUCAUAAUUAAUAUAUUUACUAUUCAACGAGAGAGCACUAAUAUAAAGCGAGAACUCUCUCCUCCCUCAGAUAAGUAUGCAACCUAAAAAACUAAAACGAACAUUUGAAAGAGAUAAACAAACCAACAUGGUAGAGGUCUUCAAUUUAUGGACUCUGAUACUUUCACUCAUAGUGGUGAAGCUUUAUCAUUGGAUUUAUCAGUGGAACAAUCCAAAGUGUAAAGGAAAGCUUCCUCCAGGAUCGAUGGGCUUUCCAAUCAUCGGAAAGACCUUCGAGUUCAUGAAACCUCAUGAUGCUAUUCAGUUGCCAACAUUUGUGAAGGAGAAAGUCCACAGAUAUGGGCCAGUUUUUCGGACAAGCUUGUUUGGAGCCAAAGUUAUAAUCUCGACUGAUAGUGGAUUGAACAUAGAGAUGGCAAAGACGAAUCACAUGCCUGGCAUGCCGAAGAGCUUAGCGCGGUUAUUCGGCGAAAAUAACUUGUUCGUACAGAGUAAAGACUCUCAUAAGCAUGUCCGAAGCGUAACAACCCAGUUGUUAGGUUCACAAGGUUUAAAAUUGAGAAUGAUGCAAGACAUCGAUAUCUUGACUCUCACACAUAUGGAGGUAGGAGCCAGAAACGGCGGUCUUGACGUCAAGGAAACAGUAAGCAAGAUCUUAAUUGAAUGUCUUGCCAAGAAAGUUAUGGGCGAAAUGGAACCAGAGGCUGCAAAAGAACUCACACUCUGUUGGAGCCAUUUUCCAAAGGGGUGGUUUCGAAUAUCCUGGAACAUUCCUGGUAAUGGCGUCUAUCGAAUGAUGAAGGCAAAAAAACAGAUGAUUAAUAUAUUAAAGGAGACGGUGUUGAAGAAAAGAGCUUCAGGAGAAGAGCUUGGAGAGUUUUUCAAGACGUUACUUGGCGAAAUGGAAGGAGGAGAGGAAAAGAUAAGCGUGGAGAGUGCGAUUGAGUUCAUAUUUAUUUUCUUUUUGAUUGCUAACGAAGCAACACCAAGCGUCCUUGCGGCUACAGUAAAGCUCAUAAGCGACAACCCUAAAGUCAUGCAGGAAUUAAAGAGAGAGCAUGAACGCAUUGUCCGGGAUAAGAGUGAGAAGGAGAAGAAGACCGGCCUAACAUGGGAAGACUACAAAUCAAUGACUUUCACGCAAAUGGUGAUAAAUGAGUCACUGAGGAUCACAAGCACAGCGCCGACAGUGCUUAGAAUAAUUGAUCAUGAGUUCCAGUUUGGUGAAUAUACAAUUCCAGCUGGGUGGAUCUUCAUGGGCUUUCCUAGUGUCCAUUUCAAUCCAGAAAAAUAUGAUGACCCUUUAGCAUUUAAUCCAUGGCGGUGGAAGGAAAAAGACCUGACUGCUAUUGUCUCGAAGACGUACAUUCCUUUUGGCGCUGGUUCAAGACUAUGUUUAGGAGCUGACUUCGCUAAGCUUAUAAUGGCCAGUUUUAUCCAUCAUUUGUGUAGAUACAGGUGGUCAAUGAAGACAGAGACUACAGUACUUCGAAGGUUUAUACUUACGUUUCCAGGUGGAUCUGAUAUUCAAAUUUCACAAGACACUGAAGUGGAAAACUCUGCUGGUUAGUAGAGUGGUUAUAUUUCAUCGGAGGUUGCUGGUUCGGGGUAACUAUACACUGUAUGAAUGUAUAUGUCGAACAAUACUAAUUACUGCAUAAAUAAAAGCCAUCUUGUAAGAAACAAUGAUUAAAGUGUAUGUUUCUCUUGAAUGCAUAAGUUAAGAUCAUUUCCAGCCUA